GUAAUUCAACCAAUCUUUCUGAUUUUGUUGUGGUUGAUGGUUGGGCUGGGAAUUUUGAUAGAACUGGAAAUUCUGAUGAGGUCGAUGAUUCUGAUGGGACCGGUAAUUUUGAUCGUAUCGAAGGUUUGGGUAAGGGGGAUGAUUUGGGUGAGGCCGAUGAUUUAAACGGCGCCGUCGAAAAUUUGUCAGGUGAGCGGAAUGGAGUGAUGUCUGAUGGUUCCCUUGAUGCUUGGGAAUUUCACUCACAGCAUCGAGAGGAAUCCGAUUGGUGGUUUUAGUUAUGCCACGUUGGGAUUGAGUAUUAAUUUGUCGUUUUGCAUAAUAGCCAUGCCUGUAUCGCUUCGAGUAAACCUUCUUCUUAUUGGGAAGCUUACUUUGUUUAUUUUUCUGCAUUUUUGAUGAUGGUAACUCAAUUAGUGGCAAAUUUCCCAAACACAUAGGUAGCGUCGUUUUGGUUUUACACCGUCUAAAUGGUUGACCUUGUAGUUUACCUUCUACGGUAUUACAAUUUGAUUUAGAAUUCUCACAUUGAUAAUCACGAACACUAUUUGAAUUGUUACUGACUUUACUCUGUAGCUUAUCACUUUGAUGUCCAUGUGAUAAACAAAACUGUUCAUCCUGUAGAACUACUGAUUUAUUACAGGGGUUUUCACUGAUUUCGUUUUGUUUACUAAUUGUAUGAGUAUUUGAUUGUUCUCUGUUCGCGAUGGUUGACCGCUCAUCUGUUAUAUUUUGUAUAUUUUGCAUGUUAAUCAUUUGACUAUGAAUUUGCUCAAUCGCUUUACUGUUCUGGUAUAUAUUAUUGGAGAGUCUCGACUCCGUUAUUACGGCAUCCAACUUAACACCUUCGAGUUCAAUAGAUAAUUCGUUACACUUCCUAAUAUUUUCGCCGAUAUCCCCAGCAGAAAUCGACUGGGCAUUUGAACCAGACGCAUUCUUUCCUAACAUGCAAUUUCCACAGGGAACCGGGGUUUCCUUUAUCAAUCUACUUAUAGAAUUGUAAACAUUGUUUGUUAAAUCAAACAGACGAUCAACUUUCUUGAGAGCAUCUCUCAAUUCUUCAGACAAAUGAUCACAAUUCUGGUUUUGUGUUUGAGAGGCACAAUCCCGUGUUCUAAGACCAUUAUUACUUUGAUCGAUAUCGAUGCACUGCUUCUGUCCGUUGGUCUGGCUAACAUCGGAAGGCUGGCAAACACGAUUUACUACAGUUAUUGAGUCAGAAUUGUGGGGACUGACACCGUCACAGACAUUAGUUAUCGAAGUUGUGCAUACCUUUAAGUUGUCUUGAAAUUCAUCAAGUGUGCUCGACAUACACGCCUUAAUCAAGCAUUCCUUUACCAAAUUGCCAGCCUUUCCACGGAAUAGUAAAGAACUCAAUUUUCCAGGAUACCAUGUGCAUGAUAAAUCAAAGUUAAAGCUAUCAAACUUUCUUGAAUUGCCCCCUGGCGACGACCAUUUACCUCGCUGGGCAAAAGCAUAUUCGAUACAUUUCUUCAGCGAUUCGUGAUCAGCAGACCAUCUAAUUCGUUCGCCAUCGUAAUAUAUCAUUUCGGCAGUUUUAUAUCUGUAAAUUUCUUUCACAUCCCAAACGGUGGUCAUUGUAUUUUCAUCGGGGUCGGAGCUCAUACAAACAGAACCCGCCGCCAUUAAGACUAAAUUACAAUCGAGAUAACGAGGUCCGGAAAUAUUAAUGACGAGGUUUAAAUACAUCACGUGGCGUCUCUUUGGCGUGUGGCGAGCAAAAAAAGUGGAGGUGUCACGGUACUAUACUAUACUUCUUUACAGCUAGUCAAGACUGAUGUUCAAGAAUGUUUGCGAUCAUUUUCUUUGCAGUUUUUGUGCUUUUUUCGAACGAAGGCAAAACACUAAACGCAGAAUGUAUUUGUUGCGAGGAAAUAGAAUCUUUGUUGAAGAACAAAACAACUGCAUACCAAACUGUGUGUUUGGGACGAGCAAGUAGAUUGUCGAGGAACUGUUGUAGAAAUAUCAAAAUUGAAAUCGAGAAAUAUCGUUAUGCCUACAAGACGUUGUGUCCAACAAUUGCAAAACCUGCGACAACACCAACAACACCACCGUCAACAACAACGGCAACAACACCGUCAACAACAACGGCAACAACAGCAACAGCAGCAGUAACUAGUUCACCCUCAACAGGUACAGUAUGUUUGUUUUUAACGGGUUUUUACCCUUUCGUUUAAACAAAUUCAUGCGCCCUUCGCCUCACACUGAAAAUAAUAAAGAGUUAUUGCUCGUGCUCCAGGGGAGCUUGAGUCUAGGUUUCGUCGUGUUGAAAAUUUGUAGGUGGCGUUUUGGACUUCGUUGACCCACUAAUGCAUUGCGCACUUCUGAUCGUGAUUUGCGCACGAUGCAAAAUAUAUAUGCACAGAAUACAUUACCACACUGCAACAUUGCUUGGUGCAGUGUAAUAUUAAAUUCUUAUGCUCGUCAAGACUGUCAAGUGAUAACAGCCUCGAACAAUACGAAUAGAGAGGUCCCUUUUCUCCCUGCUGUUUCAAAAUUGUUACAAUACGCCUAAUACUAUACAGUAGUGCUAAGUUUCCACGAAUAUUAAUCAGUUUCUCAUUUUCAUUAGCUUCGGUACAUGAAAAGUUACAUCUUUCAAUGGACGUAAACAGAAUAUCGAUGUCUCAAGAAAUGUCUACUACUGAAUACUGUACCAACUGUUAAUGUCCAAUCUAUAUAAUUAUAUGUUGCACGUUUAUUCUAUCUGAUCGCCGCGUUGCAUGUAGUAUCCUCCCAGGGUAACCAUAUAGCCUUAAUUAGCUCCAGGCUUCCCACAACAAGCAUAAUUGUCAUGUGUCCCUCAAGUAAUGCUAACUCUUGAAGCACGAGUGUACGCCUGAACUGGCGUCUUAUUCAAUGUCGUUUACACAGAGUGUGGUAACCGCUACAGAAAAACAGAAUAAAUUACGGUAAAACACAACAGAAUACAAUAACGGAAGUGAAACACCCUUUGCAUUUUGACUGUAAUAACCUGUUGAUUCAAUGAACAUUCUAUUUCCCUUAUCUAGAACCUCCUGUCAUUCGAUGUAAAACUCCUUUGGGAAUUGAAAAUGGAGAUAUAUCCGAUGUAGCUAUGACGUCAUCAACCAUCCUAGACGCCAUCUCUUUGCCACAUUUUGCUCGUCUGAGAAAUCAACUUGGUGGCUGCGCAUGGAUUCCAGCGAAGAAUGCUGACCGUAACUCAUUCUGGCUUCAGGUUGACUUGGGAAGUCUGACAAAUGUGUCAGCGGUCGCUACCCAAGGCAGUUGUUUAGGUGACCAAUGGACAAAGUCAUACGUCAUCAUGUAUAGCAAAAAUGACGUGGACUGGAAAUAUUAUGGAGAACUGGGUAACAUUAGGGUCAGUAUUUAUAAAAUUCUUGCCAAAAUAAAAUGCACACACUAAUGGUUUCAUAAUUAAUUUUGUUAGGUAUUCAUUGGUAACACCGACAGCAGCAGUGUGGUAACAAAUUAUUUCAAGUCUCCAUUUGAGGCAAGAUUCAUCAGAAUUUCUCCCAGAAGUUGGCACAAGGACGCGGCCUUGCGAAUUGAGUUGUUUACUGACAGCUGCACUCUUUCUGUAAGUUAGUAAUUAAAUCUUAGAAAAUUAAAAUGUUGGUGUCACAGACGUUUGUCUAUGUAAAAUCAGGGUUCUAUUCCUGCCGUUUGACUCUAUCAAACAACACGUGUAUUUCUGCUGUUUUCUCCUGUUGAUUGCCUCAUUGGACCAGUAAAUUAAGAUGGUCGUUACUGGAUCUUGAAGGAGAACAGUCCAGAACUUACAAAUAAAUUGAAUUUGAGUUGAUAUUUCCCUUGUAGUAAUACUGCACCGACGAAGUUGGCUCUAGAGAGAACAGUAGUUUAGAAUCAAGAGCCCUGUUUAGAACUGAUAAAGCUAUCCAGUUUAAACAAAGUUGAGGGAACUCUUUAUUUCUUCCUUCUAGCCAGUUUCUAACCCACAAGCACCACGAAGUUGUUUAGAUCAUCUGAAAAACGGUUUAAAAACCAACGGCUAUUACAACAUUUAUGACGCCAGCUCAAACCUCAUCACCAUUUACUGUGAUAUGACGUCAGAGCCUGGAAAAGCCUGGACACUAGUCAUGUCUUGGGCCACACGCAACAAAGACAUGGUAGAAUUUAAAUCAACAUUAUUAUCUGCAGAUUCCCCUGUAGAUGAAAGUUUACCAAACUGGAACAGAUACCGAAUGAGUUCGAGCAUGAUGAAUGACCUUAGAACCCAAUCCACUCACUGGCGAGCAACCUGUAGUUUUCCGACCCAUGGCGUUGAUUAUGUUGAUUACGUCAGAGGAACAUUUGUAGGUUUUGACGUCAUAAAUUUUGAAGGAAAAAAUGUUUGUAAGAGAGUAGAAUACGUGAACAUUCGUGGCCAUAAUUGUGUUGAUUGCAGUUUGCCGUGGUGGCAAUACACCGGUUCUUUUCUUCACACUGAUAGCAGGUUUACCACUUGUGAGUUCGAUCCCACUCAGGGUGCAGUUCACGACGAAGAUAACUUUGGGUUCUAUUAUACAGUAAAUUCAAAUUUCCGCUGUACUGCCGACGCAAGUGCGACAACAAACUGGUGGUUUGGUGGAAAUGUGGCAUAA